CACCCAUGGUUUAAUUUUCCUUUCAAACCUUCAUUACUAGCGUAUUCUGGACUUGUCCAAGUUGUUCCUUAAAAAAAAGUAUAAAGGACUCUUUGACCUUCUCUUUUUUUCUCUCUCUUUUCUUUUCUUCCUUUUCCCUUUAUUCUCUCGCAUACUCUCGUACUCUUGUACACUUAUACUCUCAUAAUCUCAUUAAACAACAUAACAGCAACAACAGCUUUUUUUUCUCAUUUGAAUCAGACAAUCAAACACUUUGGAUAUCAAACAAAAUGACCAUUGCCUCAGAACAGUUGAUGAUGCACCAGCAAGAUCUUAAAGAUCCAAUUAGCUCCAUAGCAUUUCUCAGCAACAGUGGUAGCGCCCUUGUAUCAAAAAAGAAAAACACAGGUGAUGGGAUGCAAUCUAGCGCUCGAUCCACCAAGGCUCAGAGACGUCCAAUGUUCUCCAUCACUUUACCAUCAUCCUGUAAAAGAAGUCAUAGCAGCUUCUCGAACGAUGGCGAGUCAACAAUUACAUUUAAUGGGGACCAUAGCGAAAAUGAAUCCGCUCAAUCACCUAAUCUCAGCUGGGAUCAAAAUCGACAGCGGAAUUCAAGUGUCCGAUUCUUAUCAGGUGAAGGUGACAAUUUGUUGAAUCAUGAAAGAAAACGUGGCCUACCAAAGACUCCAUAUCCAACAACAAGAGAGGAAGAAAGUCGACUCUGUUCAUUCUUCAAACACUGAGAAAAGGAUCAAAAACAGAAACAAAAACAAAAACCAACGUCAUGAAUUUGUAUACUGCCCUUCACUUGAGCAUUUUACGUUGCAAUGAUAAAUACCAUCAUUCUAUCCUAUCCAGAGGAUUCAAGAAAGAAAGAACAAAAGAAAAAAGAAAAAGGAUCAAAAAAACUAGAAAAAAAAUUUGUAGAAU